AUGGUGGCUCGUCUCUUUCGCCCCGUCAGCCGGCUUAGUUCGGUUAUUUCUCAGAUUGUUUUUAAACCACAACAAAGCCAACAGUUAUCAAGUAAGAUUCAUAAAGUGACUCUGAUUCCAGGCGAUGGCAUUGGGCCAGAAAUUUCAGCAUCUGUUCAAAAAAUCUUUGCUGCUGCCAAUGUUCCAAUCGAGUGGGAUCCAGUGGAUGUUACUCCUGUCAAAGGACCCGAUGGAAAAUUUAGGCUGCCCCAGAAGGUUUUUGAAUCAAUGGCUGUUACAAAAUGUGGUUUGAAGGGUCCUUUAGCUACCCCUGUGGGCAAAGGUCAUCAGUCACUAAAUUUAGCUCUGAGAAAAGCCUUCAGUUUGUAUGCCAAUGUCCGUCCAUGUAAAUCUGUUGAGGGCUAUGCUACACCUUAUGAAAAUGUGGAUUUGGUGACUAUCCGGGAAAACACAGAAGGAGAAUACAGUGGCAUUGAACAUGUGAUUGUUGAUGGUGUUGUUCAAAGCAUAAAGCUGAUAACAGAAUCUGCAUCCAGACGUGUGGCUGAAUAUGCCUUCAAAUUUGCUCGUGACAACAAACGAUCCACAGUCACUGCUGUACAUAAAGCUAAUAUCAUGAAAAUGUCUGAUGGUUUGUUCCUGCGAUGUUGUCGGGAUGUUGCUGAAGAAAAUAAAGAUAUACAAUUCAGGGAAUCAUACCUAGACACUGUCUGUCUAAAUAUGGUACAAGACCCUUCCAAGUUUGAUGUGUUGGUCAUGCCAAAUCUUUAUGGUGAUAUCUUGAGUGAUUUGUGUGCUGGUCUCAUUGGUGGCUUAGGCGUGACUCCCAGUGGGAAUAUUGGUGAAGAUGGUGCCAUUUUUGAAUCUGUUCACGGCACAGCCCCGGAUAUUGCUGGUUUGGAUAUGGCUAAUCCCACAGCACUUUUAUUAAGUGCUGUUAUGAUGCUACGUCACAUGGGCCUUACAGAACAUGCAGCCAGGAUUGAAAGAAGUGCAUUGGAUGUUAUCAAAGAAAGCAAAUAUCUUACCAAGGACCUUGGAGGUAAUGCCAAAUGCUCAGAGUACACUAAUGAAGUUUGUGCUCGCCUGUGA